AUGUCGACGUCGCUACCGCUGCCCAAGGGCUUUUUCAACACGAACGUGCGUGUAUCCGAGGAUAUGCGGCGCCAGUACAUCGAAUUCGCUGAGGCCUCCAUCCGCAAAGUCUUCGCGCUGAGUGAUUGUCACAAGAAUAGCUGGAUCCCCAUGCGAGAGAAGAAGGGCGUGGCCAUCUACCGCAACUUUGGUCAGGUGCGCGGCCCCAAGGCCUACAAGUCCAAUGUUGCUGAGGUGGGCUGCAAGGGACAGCUCUCUGCCUCGUUAGACCAGGUCGGUCGCGCCUACGCAGCACACGAUGACGCGCUAUUUAGGAGACUCAUGAAGAAGUUGAAUCCCGCUGUAAUGGAUGCCGCCGUACUGCUCACGGUCGUCCCGCGCACACCUCUCACGCCAUUCAGGUACAUUGGCAUCAAGUGGUAUGCUGUCAAAACCCCCACACCCAUCGUAUCGCAUCGCGACUAUUGCUGUCUGGAGGUCCAAGACAAGAUUGUGGACUCGUUCGGCAACGAAAUGUACGUCCGCGUCCUCAACUCGAUCGAGCUCAACGAAUGUCCGUCGCUAGAGAAUUCGCAUGGACUUGUUCGCGCCAAGAUCCUCGCCGGAUAUAUGUACCGCAUUGAUCGUGCCGAGCCGAACGUAGUUAGGGUACACCACGUGGCACGAUUCGACCCAGGUGGGUAUUUCCCUGCGCAAUGGGCAUUCAAGACGGCUGAGUCACAGCUAGUAAACAGCAUCGUGCAGAUUCGCCGCAUUAUUGACAAACAGCAGAUGAACUCAUGCACGUUUGUAGACAAGCGACAAUGGGUGCCCAACCACGAGCGUCUGCACUGUGCUGUAUGUAGUCGGACUUUCGGCACGUUCCGCCCGCGUCACCACUGUCGAAGCUGCGGUGAGGUCAUCUGUGGCAAAUGCAGCGUGUUUAAGUCUGUGGAGGUGCCAGGCACCACGCUUAAAAACGUUCGCAUCUGUUCGGUGUGCAAUAUGGGAGUGCAAAAGACUGGUGGGCAAGAUGAUGAUGGACACAUGUCGGAUAUAUCUACCUCCUCCAUUACUUCUAGCAGCACGAUCGCACACAAUGAGAUGAACCUGAUGGAUCUUUACAUGGGCAAUGGUGGCGGGCCACGUACGCCCUCGGCCUUUUCGGACGCGUCGGCACAGUCCAAUCUUUCCAUUCGCUCUACGACGUCCACACGAUCAGCCUACGACGCUCGUGGGCGAGCACAAGGUCAGGCGCGAGGAAGUCGCAAUCCUGGCGUCUUCUUUAAUGAUAGCCAUUCGCCACGAUCGUACAUCGCUAACAACCUCACACCUCGCAGUACUCUCGGCUUCGGCUUCGGCUUCGGCUCCGGGGCCUCCACACCUCGAUCUGGGGCGAACAGUGCAGCUACGACGCCCUCAGCAGGAGCGAGGCCAUCCAUCUCAGCAGCAAGUGUGGUGGCAGCUGCAGCUAUCACAGCGCAGCGCCUGUCGAGCUACAAGCAAAAUCCCGUCGAUAUCGGAUAUUUGCGCGACUCAGUGAACGAAACGUUAGCAACGGAAACACGUGAACGACCAGAGGAUCCGACAACAACAUGGCCACCAGCCAAGAUGCAGCGACUGGAGACGGGGGAAACUGCAGACGUGGACAUGGAAUCGGAUGAUCAGGAUGAGAUGGAGGCGAAACCAGCAGCGCCACUAACUAGUGAGCAAGAAGAUCAGCAUCGCCCGCGAGGGAUGCAGUUGCCGACUGUGGAGCGUAUCGAAGAGAGUCCGUUCGAGCAGUCAACCCGCACGUCGUCCGUUCUGCGUGUGAGCAUGGUGGAUAAGGAGGAUUCCAGCGGUGCCCCGGCCAGCGGCUUACGGCCAUUCUUUAGUGGGAUUCUGUCGCGCGUGCGCGGCGAGUCGGUCGAAAAGUCCUCACAUCGGGCCGCCUAAUUGGCACUGGGAGUGGGAAUACCUUGCCCUCAUCGAAGAGUCCAGCGAAGCAGCAGCAGCAACAGCAGCACACACACAGACAGCAUCCCAGACUCAGGCUCAGCAACCACAUGGACUCCUCAGAAG